CAUGCGCGAUGUGUGGGACAUAAUGGUGGAUAGGUAGGAAACACACUUUAGCUCGCUAAGAGUAGCCCGUCAACUGUUGAUUAAUUUGCAGUUGUUGUCUUGGGACUUCUCGACCUCUCUGACUCGACAGCUGCCCGCUUGGACUGAACGACGCCCUGGACCGCAACAAAAUGCCUAAUAUCAAAAUAUUCAGCGGUAGCUCACAUCCGGACCUGUCGCAGAAAAUAGCAGACCGCCUGGGUCUGGAGCUGGGCAAGGUUGUUACGAAGAAAUUUAGCAACCAGGAAACAUGCGUGGAGAUAGGGGAGAGUGUACGUGGGGAAGAUGUGUACAUCGUGCAGAGUGGCUGUGGGGAGAUCAAUGACAAUUUGAUGGAGUUACUGAUCAUGAUAAAUGCUUGCAAGAUCGCCUCCGCCUCCAGGGUCACUGCUGUCAUCCCCUGCUUUCCUUAUGCACGCCAGGACAAGAAGGACAAGAGCCGAGCUCCCAUCUCCGCCAAGUUGGUAGCCAACAUGUUGUCUGUGUCUGGUGCGGAUCAUAUUAUAACGAUGGAUUUGCAUGCCUCUCAAAUACAGGGCUUUUUUGACAUCCCUGUUGAUAAUUUGUACGCUGAGCCAGCUGUGUUAAAAUGGAUUAAAGAAAACAUCCCCGAAUGGAAGAAUUGUACAAUUGUGUCACCUGACGCAGGAGGGGCCAAGAGGGUCACCUCAAUUGCCGAUAGGUUGAAUGUCGACUUCGCCCUCAUCCACAAGGAGCGGAAGAAGGCUAAUGAAGUGGACCGCAUGGUUCUUGUUGGAGAUGUGACUGAUCGGGUCGCCAUUCUAGUCGAUGACAUGGCUGACACCUGUGGCACAAUCUGCCAUGCUGCUGACAAACUAAUUUCUGCUGGUGCCACCAAGGUGUAUGCCAUACUAACUCACGGCAUCUUCUCUGGCCCAGCUAUCUCACGCAUCAACAAUGCUUGCUUUGAAGCCGUUGUUGUGACUAAUACAAUCCCUCAGGAGGAGAAGAUGAAGCAUUGUCCCAAAAUACAGGUUAUCGACAUAUCCAUGAUCCUUGCAGAGGCCAUCCGUAGAACUCACAACGGGGAAUCUGUGUCAUACCUGUUUAGCCAUGUCCCCUUGUAACAAAUGUCCACCAUCAACUCUGUGCUGUUACACCAAAUAAAAGAAGAGGGAAUUAUCCAACCCAAACACAACCAUUAGCAACAAUGUUAUGCUAACUAACCAUGAAAAAAAAUUCAUGUCAUGUCUGUUACUAAUGCUGACCCACACUCCCCUGAGUCCCUUACCUCUUGAGCAGUGUCCCUUCAUGUCUUGGGCACCAAAGCAAUUGCAAGCUAUCAGUUUAGGCAAGCAUAUUUAUUGUACCUGGAUAAAUAAGUGUUUAUCCCCCUUUCAUAACCUGUUAGAUACAGAGUUUCUCCUGACCAUGUCACCUCACCACGAGUCAUUUCAAUCUAUUGUCAAAGAGCUUAUUAAUAUCCCUGGCAGGUUCCAGUGGUCAGGAGAAGCAUCUGGCAUAUAAAGCUGUUACAGUGCUUUUUGUUACAAUGAACGAGUGUAGUUUUUCAUGUUGCUCUUGUAUUCUCUGCUGUUUCAAAGAAUAUAAUUAAUGAAGUGAAUGUGUAUUGAACUAGUUUACAGUGCCACUGAAGCUCCACUCAACCAAGAGUGCCUCAACAGUCUGAAAUGAAAUGCUUUUUCCUCCAGUCGUAUCCUUUUAACCCACCCCUUAUUUUGCUGUUUAUUUCUCACUGGAUGAAGAACUUUCACGUGUCUUAUCAAGUUGUAGAAUGUUUGAGAUGUUUGUUUCAACUCUUGAGGUACCCUCAUUGAGUGGGGUUUGCCCAGUGUCCAGGGUUUCCCUUCAAGGUUGUACGGUGAAGAUCUUUCCAUAGAGAAGCUGUCUGGUUUUUAACUCGGGGUGG